GUGUGCAGACGGCGUUGCACGCGUCCCACGAUACGACAAGUAAAUACUCUUUCAUCUCGGUUUUUAAAUCUAUAAAACUACUAUAUAACAAGCAUAAAAUGGCAAUAGCUGAAUUGAGACUAGAUGUUUGAAGUCGUUGACGUCGUACGCACAGACAGGAGCCGUGUGGUGAAGUUUUCCCGUGGUGCGCACACGCAGGUGUCACUGUGAAAGCUAGCUGGCUAAUGUCAGCUCAGUUUAUUUAACCCCUGGAUCAAACUAACUGAGAAACAACAUGGGGCGAAAGAAACAAGGCAAGUUUGUGCGUCCUGACAACAAGGGCAAGGAUAAGCGGCAUAAAACCAAAGGGAAGUCUUUAGAGGCCUUCACGGAAGAAAUGCACUCUGCUUUUGAAGCCAGUCUUCAUGUGGAGGAGGGAGCAGAGGCUGCGCAGGUGAAACUGCCGUGUCCGCUCGCCAUGUGGGAGUUGGGUCACUGCGAUCCCAAACGCUGCACCGGCAGAAAGUUGGUCCGAAAGGGCUUUGUACGCAACCUGCGUCUCAGUCAGAGAUUUAAUGGGCUCAUAUUGAGUCCAAUGGGGACGAAGUAUGUGACGCCGGCAGACAGAGAGAUUGUGGCCCAGAGCGGGUUAGCAGUCAUCGAUUGUUCCUGGGCCAAACUGGAGGAGACUCCCUUCAAUAAGAUGGUCGGGAGUCAUCCCAGGUUGCUGCCCUACCUCGUCGCGGCAAAUCCCGUCAACUACGGCAAGCCGUGCAAGUUAUCGUGCGUGGAGGCUUUUGCCGCCACAUUCUGCAUCGUCGGUUUUGAGGAACUGGCCGUGCUCUUGUUAAAGAAAUUCAAAUGGGGGAGAGUCUUCCUGGAACUCAACAGAGUUCUUCUUGACCGCUACGCUGCGUGUCAGAGCGAGGAGGAGCUGCUGACUGUGGAGAAGGACUUUCUCUCAUCCAAACCCGAGGAGGAGGAAUUGGAUCCUUUUGACGUCAACUCCGGGUUAGAAUGUAUGAAUCUGAACAGACGUCCAUGCGUACCUGAAGAGGAUGAAUCCAGUGAGGAUACCGACACAUCAGAUGAUGACGAAGAUGAAAAAACGGGAAGUGACGAUGAGUCAAGAACGGCCUCGCAUCACGAUGAAGAGGAUGACGACUGAUCAGAAGGCUGUUUAAUAAAGUUUAUCCCAAAUGUGGAUCAUUUUCAUGAACUGGUGGAAACAUGCAAUAUUUUUCUUUUAUUGCAAAUAAAUACAGUUUUACAAUGUU